CCCGUUCUUUUUACAGACAGGUUUCAGCAUGUUCUAAAAUAUUUUAGAAACGGAACAAGAAUUUUUUUUACCCACUGCCCACUGGGUAUAUAUUAUACAGAAUCUGACAGUUGAUUUGUUGAUAUAACUCGACAUGAUCAACAGGCUUGGAAUCAAUUGAAUCUUGUUUUUUUUUUUAAUAUAUACCAGAUUUUACAAAGUGAUAGAUAAUUAUACUAAAAAAAAAAAAAUCAAAUCUCUCAAACAAUGUUUCGUAGACUUGUCAGUUUUUUAAGAUUUAAUCAACGAAGAGCAAUUACUUCUACCAGUUUUGAAGGUUAUAAGACUACAGUAGGUAAAAAAUCGAGAAUUUUUUACACAUCUGGAUCAUUUUACGCUUUGAGUUUAUGGAAAGCGAAAAAAACCGAAGAAAAUGAAUCCUCGAUGACGACAAAAGAACUUUUAAUUGCAAAAGCAGACGCCCUGUUCGAACAGGAGGAAUAUAAGCAAAUUUAUGAUUUGCUUAGUGGUUUCAAGAAUAGCAAAAAUGUGGAAAUUUUAUGGAGAUUAAGUCGAGCUAUGUACAAAAUGUCCCUUUCUGCAACCGAUGUCGAGGGGAAAAAAAUUAUUUUCGAAGCAUACAAUAUAAUUUCCUCUGCUCUGGAAAUUGAUGAAAAUAAUUGGGCAGCUCAAAAAUGGAUGGCAAUUAUUCUCGAUGCAAAAAGUGGUUUCGAGGGAAUGAAAUCUCGAAUAAAUCAAUUGCACAAUGUAAAAAAGCACAUGAUAAAAGCCAGCGAAUUGAAUCCAAAAGAUGCGACGACACUCUAUUUAAUAGGAAAUUGGUGUUAUCAAAUUUCCGAUUUAACUUGGUAUCAAAGAAAAAUAGCGUCGGCAAUUUUUGGCCAACCACCAACAUCAAGUUACGAAGAAGCUCUUAUUUAUUUUGAAAAAGCAGAAAUUGUCGAUCCUAAUUUUUACAGUCAAAAUCUUUUAAUGAUUGGCAAAACAUUUUUGAAAUUAAAUAAAAAAGAAGAUGCUCUUAAAUAUUUAAAAUUGGCUUCAGAAUUUUUAGCAAAAAAUGAUGAGGACCAACAAGCAAAACAGGAAGCACAAAAGUUACUUAACAGCAUUUCAUAAUAUUUUUUUUUUAAUUUAUCAAAAAUCGGUGAUUUUGGUUUAAUUGGUGUAUUAGUUAUAUACUUAUUGUUAUUUUAUAUAUAGAAUGUAUAUAUAUAUAUAUUUUUAUAAAGUUUCUCUAAUGAAAAAAAAACAAUAAAUUUGUUUUAAAAAAAAUUUUUUAAAUGCGAAUCUUAAUAUUAGAAAGGCAAUGCAGGUUAAUAUAUAAUACAGUGUUUUCAAUGGUUUUCUUCAAGGGAAAGUAAAAUUUACAUGUUAUAAUAUAAAUGGAGGUUGCAAUUCUUAUGAUGAAACUAUAAUAAUAUACUGUAACUGUAUAAACUGAUGCAUUUAAGAAUGAAUGAAAAAAAAACUGAAGACAGACAUUUUUUUAAUUUA